AUGCGGUGCUCCACGCUGCUGGCCAUCAUGACGGUGGUGCUGCUGUACCUGGUGAUGGGCGCGCUGGUGUUCCGCUGGCUCGAGAUGACCGAGGAGAUGGAGCGGCACAAGGAGCUGCUCCUCGAACGCAACAACUUCCUGCUCAACCACACCUGCGUCCAUCCGGAAGCCCUGCAUUACAUGAUGCAGGCAGUCGUGUCCGCCACUAAAGCUGGUAUAUUGCACACCGACAGCAGCUCCUCCCUCAACUUAACCAGCCGCUGGGAUGUGCCCAGCGCCUUCUUCUUCUGUGGGACCAUCAUCACAACCAUAGGUUUUGGGAACCUGUCACCCAUUACUGACAGUGGCCAGCUCUUCUGUAUCGUCUAUGCCCUGGUGGGGAUCCCCAUGUUUGGCAUCCUGCUGGCAGGGGUAGGAGACCACAUGGGCACCAUGCUCAGACGAUCUGUGGGCAAGAUGGAGACCCUGUUUUUGAUGAAAGGUGUGAGUCCCACCAAUGUCCGCGUCUACUCUGCAGUGUUAUCCAUUUUGAUUGGCUGUGUGAUUUUCCUUGGCGUGCCUACGCUGGUCUUUAAGCACGUGGAGAAUUGGGGCUGGCUGGAAGCAGGCUACUUUGUGGUCAUCACUCUUACCACGGUUGGCUUUGGGGAUUAUGUUGCAGAUGACCGGAGGCAUGGCAGUUUCAUGUAUAAGCCUCUUGUCUGGCUCUGGAUUGUGUUUGGCCUGGCCUACUUUGCCUCCAUCCUGAACAUGAUCGGAAACUGGCUGAGAGUGCUCUCCAAAAAGACCCGUGCUGAGAUGGAGGAGCUGAAAGCCUAUGCCACAGACUUCACCCAGAACAUCCAAAACAUGUCUGUGGACUUCCGCAUCCCUGUCCCUUUGGACCUUAACGACCCGUUCCAGUUCAGGCGGAGUCGGAAGAAGAAAAGGCGGCGCCGGGGUGCCCCCAAAGUGGGCUACAUCGUCCCCGGCAUCGGGAGUCCCGCGGAGCCGGAGGGCAUCCGGAUUAACGGACACCUGUUCCACAACUGGUCCGAGGCCAAGAACGUCCUGGAGAAGAUCCUGGAGAUCAAGGCCAGCUCCGUGUCGAGGCUAGAGCUCCCGCUGCCGUCGUCCAGGGCCGGGUCGAGAGUGGGGUCAAGGCCGGGGUCACGGGCGCCCUCCAGAACGGUCUCCAGGUCCGAGUUAAGAUCCUUGUCCAGACCUGGGUCUAGACCCGCGUCGGCGUCAGGGUCCAGUUCCUGGUCCGAGUCCAAAUCCGAGCUCUCGGAAUCGGCAUCCGAGAGCGACUCUCACAACUCUCGAAGCGAUUCCCUGAGCGACUCCCGUCCCAACGUGCCGAAUGCCACACCUGUGUCCAAAUGCGAAGGGCUGGAGGCAACCUCGCCGGGCGAGGAGGCGCCGGUGCCCACGGUGAUGGUGGAGGCCAGCACUCCGCCGCGGCCCUCCCUUUUGGAUUUUUUUGGCGAAAACUUGGCCUACAUCGACGAGUCCUCGGACACCCUGAGCGACUUCGGACAGCCGGGGACCAAGCGUGCCUGCAGGCCCAAGAGGAGGAGCAUGAGGAGGCAGCUCCCACCACGCCACCUGGUGGUGGCAGCGGAGAGGGGCAAUGGUGGUGACAUCGGACCUCCAUCCAACCCGCCCACACCUCCACCCUGCACAUCACCCUAGGAGAGAUGGACGCAGCACUGUCCAAUGGACACAUGAACUGGCUCUACCUGAUGGGCCUUUAGUAGCCUUACUGCCGUCCACCUGCUAGAGUAUAAUGCAGAUCAGCAGAUCAGCAGUAGUAUCCAGGGCUGCAACUACAGAUUAUUUUGAUAGUUGAUUAAUCUGUCGUUUAAUCGCGGAGUGGUUAUAUAAUGUAAGAUGUCGAUGAAUGUGUCCCAAAGCCCUAGAAUACAUUCUCAAAUGCCUUGUUUACUUCCCACGCUAAAUAUAUUUAGCUCAUUGUCAUGGGGGAGCAAGUAAAGCAGAAGAUAUUUCAGUUUAAGGAGGUAAAAUCAGAGAAUUUUGAGGAAGUUUCCUUAAAAACGACUCAAGCUAAUUAAUUGUUGCAGCCCUAAUAGCUUUCAGUCCCUUAAAAGUUCUCUCACACUUUGAUAAAUACAUUUACUCACUCAUUGUAUAUUACUUUGGAUAAUAAUACCUUCCAGAAGAAUUAAUUGUUUGCUCUUGCAAAUAGGAGUACUGCACAGAAAAUCUGGUAAAAAUGAA